AUGAAGCGAGGACGGGUCAAAACCGAGCUCGGAAGCGUCCGUGCAGCUCGCGCGCCCCCCAAGCCACGACACAUCAACAACCAAGCUGCUUCAAACACUUGCGACGCACCCGACGACAUUGACGCGAUCCUGAUCCAUCAACUCCCGGGCACGUUGGACUUGCGUCCCCACGCGGCGUGGGUGACAGAUCACGUGCUCGUCGAGCUGGCCAUCGCCAUCUUGCAGCGGAAAACCACCAUCACGCACUUACGAAUCGCUGGGUGCCAUGCCUUUUCAGCUGUUGGCAUGCGGUCGCUCGUUCAUGCGAUCGGCCCUCACCUCAAAUCGCUCGACUAUUCGGCGUCAACAGUCAAGCGUGACGUGCUCAAGGUGCUCGUGACGCGGCUGGAAGACUUGCGUGAGCUCGACUUUUCGUCGUGCGCGACGCUGUCGAGCGAAAUCCUGCGGGAUUUCAUGCCCUGUUGUAACCACACGCUGGAAAAGUGCAAUCUCGCCAACUGCAACCUUGUCAACGACGAGGCGUUGUGCUGGCUUGCUGGCUCCUUAGGCGUACAAGGCGGUCUCACACAAUGCGCCAACCUCAAAUCUCUCAAUUUGGCGCAUUCCACUCUCGUGGGGGAUCGAGGGGUGGCAGCCCUUGGUUGCGGGUGUGCCGCGCUGCAGUUCGUCAACUUGGAAGGGCUCAUCAACGUCACCGACGCCGGGAUGGUGAAGUUUGUGGCGGGUUGUCGGUCGCUGCGAGUUCUCCACGUCAAGCGCUGCGUCCAGAUCACAGACCGAAGUCUGGCCGCGAUCGGGGCACACUGCCGCCACCUUCGCUCGAUUAACUUGUGUGGGUGUGGGCGCGUCACGACGGAUGGCAUGGCAUCGUUAGUCCGUGGAGCAUCGCAGUUGCAAGCCAUUGACGUUCAGGGAUGCAACUUGUUGACCGAGGAAUUCCUGUGCGUCGUGGCCACACAUCUGCCUGCCCUUCAGCUCCUCAACGUGAACGGGUGCCAACAAAUCACAGACAAUGGGGUCCGCACCCUGGUCGAGCACUUGCCGUACGUGAUGUCGGCGACGCAAUUUCGAGGGUUGGAGCCCGUGGCCAACGCCAUCAGCCUCAAGUUCGCCACGCACCAGAAAACGAUCUCGCAUUCCGCCGCGAUUCGACUGCAGGCAUGGUACAGAGGCCACCUCGGUCGAGUCGAAGCCGCGUCCUGGCGUCGCAUGCAGGUCGAAGUGCCCGCGGCCAACCGCCUGAAACAUUGGUUCACGAUGGUGCAACUUGUGCAAGAAGUGAAUCGCCGGGCAGCCGCUUCAUCCCACGCGCGACGAAGCGCCACGAUGAUCCAAGCCCUUGCCCGCGGCUUCCUCGUCCGAGCUCGGGCAUAUCGAGAGGCGGACAACUUGUUUCGCUUGAACGUAGGGAACAUUGCCGCGACGAAAAUCCAGACGAGGUAUCGUGGCCACUUCGUCCGGCAUGGCACGACGAUGGUCAACCAAGCCCUUCACCGGAUGCGGCUUCGCAUCGCAGAGCAACGGCGGGUUCGUUGUGUCACCAGGGUGCAGCGAUCGUACCGCGCGCGGCUAAACCGGUGUCGACUUGUCGAGGUGAUUCACGUGAAUUCGCUUCGACGUCGGCAAUGCCACGACGCAGCAUCCACGCUGCAGCGCAUGUACCGAAGUCGUGCCGCGCGGGCUCAAACGGCAGCCCUUCGCCGAGCCAUGGAAGACCAUCGAGCAUGGAAGCGCCAUCAAGUUCGUGUUGCGGUAAAACUUCAGUCGAACUGGCGGCGACACGCCGCGAGACGCACGAUCGAAGCUGCGCGCACUGCCCAUGCCGUGCGGGUUGCCCAACGCCAUGCGGGAGCCACCGCGAUGCAGCGUGUAGGGCGGGGGUGGCUAGGGCGAAAGCACGCGCUCAUUCGACGAACGGAAUGGAUGGCUCAAUCGGCUGCAGCAAAGCGACUACAGCGGUGGUGGCGGCGGUGCCUGGCGCCGCGGACCAACACUGUCGCGUAUCAAUCCUUGGUCGCGCAAAUCAAGCUCCAGUUGGUAUCGGAAGCCGCCGAAGCCGAAGCGAAGAAGGAGGCAAUGCUGCAGAAAGAGCGCCGAAAGCACGCAAUGGACUCGGCGUCCGAGGCCGACAGCGAAGACGACUGGUACGCAUAUCCUGGAACCAAUGGUCAACCGUGGUGGUUCUCGCCGUCGCGGGACGUCCGCCAGAUCGUGCGACCCAAUUGCUUUGCCAUUGCCAAGGCCAUGGUCGGACUUGGCGUGCGUGUGUACUGGCCGUUUGAGGACACGUGGUUCGAAGGGCGCCUCGUUAAGUUUUGCACGUCCAAAAACAAGCACAAGAUCGAGUAUCUCGACGGAGAUAAGGAAUGGAGCGUGCUGAACGAGGUCGACGUCGGGCACCUCCAGCUCUUCCACCACGAUUGCUGGCUCAUGUACGAGAACUACGUCGCGUCCGAUCGUGCCAAGAAGGCGGCGCUGUACGUGAACACACGCGUUCAGCGGUAUGACGUUACGACGUUUGCGUGGAAGAGUAGCAAAGUGCGGUGGUUUGAUGACUCGACGGGUCUUUUUUGCGUCGAGAACGACGACAAUGGCGAGAUGGAGGCGGUCGAUAUGCUCGGAAACGAAGACGAUUUUCAAGUCCAGGACCGCCGGUCCCUCGAGUGGAUGAGCCCUGGCGCGUACUUUUUCGGACCGGCGUAUGCAGCUAUGCGUGUGCAAGAUUACUUUGAGUACACUGGCCCGUACGAAGAGCCGAUGCCAACGGCUGUUACCGGCGCUGCCGAUGGCGACGUUGGUGAUGGGCAGAACCAUGGGUGGAAUGAUGACCAGACUGAGGCCGUGGCGUAUGGAGAAUGGGCGCAGGAUGGUGCAUCUGGCGAAUGGGUCGUUGAAAAUCAAGAUUACCUGUGGGGUGGUGGUGAAGAACUUGGAGAAGGUAGCAAGCUCAUUGAUGUCAGCUACGUGCAGAACGAGUACGACGGCGGCAAUGACGCCGAUGUCGAAGCGUCCGAAGACGGCGAUGACGGUGAAGAAGGUGAUGAAGAUGAUGAAGGCGGCGAUCAGUAUACAGAUGACGGCGACAACGACAGCGGCAACGACGAUGAGGACGAUGACGCGAAUGGUGCAGAGGGAGAAUAG